AUGAUGCUGACAUGUAUCAAUUAUAUGGGAUCAUCAAUUUAUACACCGGGGCAAGGAGGGAUCCAAGAUGAUUUUCACGUAGGUCACGUUACUGCCACACUAAAUUUAUCAUUGUACGUCCUUGGUUAUGGGUUAGGUCAAAUAUUCUUUUCACCACUUUCCGAAGUGGCCAAAAUUGGCAGACAGCAAAUUUAUAUUAUUACUUUCUUUAUAUUUAUGCUUUUGCAAAUAGGGUGUGCUACAGUCCAGAAUAUUGCAGGACUCGUCAUUUUGAGAUUCAUAACAGGCAUCCUAUGUUCACCUUCCUUAUCGACCGGCGGUGCCUCAAUUGCUGAUGUGAUUCACCCCGAGAAACUGACCAUCUAUAUAGCGUUAUGGGCUGUUGGUACUGUAGCUGCACCGAUCGUUGGUCCACUAUUGGGUGCAUCUAUGGUAGUUGCUAAAGAUUGGAGAUGGACUUUUUGGUUAUUAUUUUGGCUCUCUAUUCCAUGCCUGGUCUGUUGUAUCUUCUUUUUCCCUGAAACGUCAGCAUCGAAUAUUCUGUCAAGAAGAGCUUCUAGAGUUAGAGCACAAACAGAUGACAAUAGAUAUUUCACGGAACAAGAAAUCCUUGAUGCUGGUAUAACUUCUAAAGAGUUCUUGAUCAAUACGCUUUAUAGACCGAUUGAAAUCAUUGUUAAAGAACCUAUCGUCCUGGCAUUCGAUAUAUACUUAGCCCUUUGUUAUGGUACCUUCUAUCUUUUCUUCGAAGCCUUUCCUAUUGUAUUUGUUGAAAAUUGGGGCUUCACUUUAAUCGAAUUAGGACUUUCUUAUUUUGGAUUUUGUGUUGGAUGUUGUAUUGCAUUUUCGGUUCUGCUAUUAUUUGUACACAAAGUCGUAAAACCUAGACGUAAAGAAGGCACAUUUGUCCCUGAAACAUUUCUACUGCUCGCUAUGUCAGUGAGUUGGGGCCUACCAUGUGCAUUGUUUCUGUUUGGAUGGGCUGCAAUGACACACUGGAUAGUUCCGAUAAUAGCAGAAAUUUUCUUUGUUUUAUGUGUCUUCAACCUAUUUCAAACUGCUUUUUCAUACUUAGCAAUGUGUUAUCCUAAAUACAUUGCCUCGGUCUACGCAGGUAAUGGAUUCUGUCGUUCUGUAUUUGCCUGUGCUUUUCCACUAUUUGGUAGGGCAAUGUACAAUAAUUUAGCGAUCGAUGGUUAUCCUGUGGGUUGGGGCUCAUCUAUUAUUGGAUUGGUAGCACUAGCACUAGCUUUUAUUCCAUUUGUUUUGUACAGAUAUGGUGAAUAUUUACGUUCAAAAUCAUCUUUCACACGCUAA